CACCAGCAGAAGUAGCGUGUCCAAGACACCGAACUACCACGUAGCGUUCUGUCUUCAAGCUUCAACAAUGAAGAUCGUUAUUUUUCUCUCCGUUCUUGCAACUGCAUUCACAACGCCAUUGGACCGAGCUUCAAGGUCCUAUGAAUGCGGGGCACAACCUAUGCUGACAAGUAAUAACGGCAUCAUCAGCAGUCAUACCGGUAUCGCCGUAAACCAUAAUUAUGGCAAGAACCUGGAUUGUCUCUGGCACAUUAUGGCGCCUAAAGGAAUGAACGUGGAGCUUGUGGCAACACAGUUUGAUAUCGAGGACGCAACUGCCUGCUCCUAUGAUUGGAUUGAGCUGUUCGAUGGCAACACCACCACCGCACCAAGUUUGGGCAAAUUCUGUGGCCGAACCUUCAAGCCUAUCUCAUCCACUCAACGAUUCCUGACCUUGAAUUUCGUCACGGAUGACUCCACCCAAGCUACCGGCUUCCAACUGUUAUAUAAUUUCACUACAGAAGUCAUCCACGAAUGCCUUGAUACCCAGUUUAUGUGCGGCAACGGUCGGUGUAUCGACUCCUCCUACCGCUGCGACAACGAUGACGAUUGCGGAGAUGACAGUGAUGAACAGAACUGCACCUACACCGGAGGAUCAGGGGUACAACAUCAUAUUUGAAAUAUAUGAUCAGGCAAUUGCGCGAGCGACGAGUUCCAGUGCCCGAAUGGUGACUGUAUAGCACGUGACUGGCUGUGUGACGGGGAUAAUGACUGCGGAGACUACACGGAUGAACGCAUCGACGUCUGCCACACACAAGGACCAGUUCAGUCCCACUGCGGACCAACCAAUGUGACCGGGCAGCUCGGCACAAUCACCAGCCCUAACUUUCCACAGAACUAUCCGAGUAAUGUACACUGCGUCUACCGCAUCCAGACAGAUGGACAAGCUAAGGUCAUCCAGUUCAAGUUUGCUCAAAACUUCCAUCUCGAGCCUGACAAUGCCUGCUCCUAUGACUUCGUGGUCAUUAAGACAGCGGACGCCCUCCAUAACCAUGGUCCAUUCUGCGGCCAUACUGCUCCUGCUACAAUAAACAUCCCGGGGAACCAUGCUUACGUGAUCUUCAAGUCGGACGGGUCUGACCAGUACACUGGAUUCAGUCUCGAAUGGACUGUCAUAUAAGUUUCAACGGACAGGAACAAAGUAUGCUUAGUUCAGUGUGGUGUUAUCAUAAUAAACAGGAAUAAACUGUUGACAAAUA